AUGACCGUCGACGAAAAAUGCUCCAAACCGAGCGGAAUGCGGAUGAAGGUUGAAGGCAAAUGGCUGCACCUCAGUGAGGAUUUGAUCCUCAAGCAUCCUGGAGGACCAGUUAUCAAACAAUACUGUAACUCGGAUGCGACUCACAUCUUCCACGCGUUCCAUGAAGGAUCGAGCAAGGCUUACAAACAGCUCGAGCUUCUCAAGAAGUUCGCUUGGGACGCCUCCGAGGAUCUCGAAGCCGAGCUCAAAAAACGAACCGACAAGCCCGAUGUGAAUGUGUCGAGCUAUGACAUCAGCGUUGAGCAGGAGAUGAAGAUGGUCGAGUCAUUCGAGAAGCUUCGACAGACGCUUCACAACAAGGGACUCAUGGAAGCCAAUGAGACGUACUUCACGUUGAAAGCGAUCUCCACACUCAGCAUCAUGUUGUUCGCGUUCUACUUGCAAUACGCUGGAUGGUACAUCACAUCGGCGUGUGUUUUGGCGCUUGCGUGGCAGCAAUUCGGAUGGCUGACGCACGAGUUCUGCCAUCAGCAGCCGACUAAGAAUCGAACACUCAAUGACAGCAUCUCGCUCUUCUUCGGUAACUUCCUUCAAGGAUUCUCGAGAGAUUGGUGGAAGGAUAAGCACAACACUCAUCACGCCGCCACCAACAUCAUUGAUCAUGACGGUGACAUCGAUUUGUCUCCACUGUUCGCCUUCAUCCCCGGGGACCUUCUCAAGUACAAAGAGCCCAUCGAGAAGAUGAUACUGAAGGUGGUCCCCUACCAGCACCUCUACUUCACCGCCACCCUUCCACUCCUGCGAUUCAGUUGGACAUCGCAAUCGAUCAGCUGGGUGUUCGCCGAGAGCAAUUCCGACUAUCACGUGUACCGUCGAAACGCGCUUCUCGAGCAGAUCACCAUUGUCGGUCAUUGGGCGUGGGUGCUCUAUCAACUCUAUUUGCUGCCGUCGGUGCCGUUGGCGCUCGCUUACUUCGCCAUUUCGCAAUUCGGCGCCGGCUUCUUGAUCGGACACGUCGUCACGUUCAAUCACAAUUCCGUCGACAAAUAUCCGGCGGAUUCGAGAAUUCUCAACAAUUUCGCCGCACUUCAAAUUUUGACGACGCGAAACAUGACGCCGUCGCCAUUCAUUGAUUGGCUCUGGGGUGGACUCAAUUAUCAGAUCGAGCAUCACUUGUUCCCAACAAUGCCUCGAUGCAAUCUCAACGAAUGCAUGAAGUACGUGAAGGAAUUCUGCAAAGAGAACAACCUUCCCUAUCUCGUCAACGACUAUUUCGAAGGCUAUGCGCUCAAUUUGCAACAGCUCAAAAAUAUGGCCGAUGUCGCCGCAAAAGCUGCUUAA